GAAUUUCAAGAGUCGGAAGCGUCGCUCUAUAGUAAAAGCUUAACAUGGUUAGCUAGGUUGGGUAGGGUUAGAUUUAAAUCUAAAUGGCAAGCUUAAAAGCAGAGCCCUUUGACUUUGUAAAUUCUACAUAUAUACUUAGUUACUUGCUUUUAUAUUAGAAAGCUUUAUCUUAGGUUGAUAUUCCGUCAUUUUUUUGUUUUAUGCGAUAUUGCAGAACUAGCCUGUUAGCUCUGCGUUGCUUCAAACUAGCAACUCUGCUUGCUAGUUUUCUUGCGUUGGAAUCCCCUGGCUUGUCUGACAGCGGGGCAAGCUAAAAUUAACCACGCUUAUACGCAGCGAACCGGGCUCCGUUUUGGUCCGGCUUGUGUCGGAGACUUUGUUCCGUGCUACUUUUCUCAGUGGGACCGAAUGUUUGGUAACGUUUACAGCAGCGGCUGCAGCUAGCAGAUGGUUAGCGCGUUAACAACAACAAUGGGUUGUCAGGGAGGCUCGAAGACGGCGAAAAGGCUUUAUUUUGUGGCUUUUCUGCUUCUGGUCUUCGCCAGUGGGUUGACAGCAGAUGAAGGUCAACAGAGAGACGAUGGAUCUGAGUUAAAGUCGUAUCAUGAUCCAGACUCUGAGGAGGAAGACGUCCAUAUUGUGUCGAGAAUUUUGGCAGCCGCCUCGGUGACUCGUCGGCUCGACGAAUCAGAAGAAGAAGAACAACAGUCACUUCUAGAGACGGAGGAAAAGGAAGAACUACCUGAACAGCCUCCGCCGCCUCCUCCUGAGGAGAAACCUAGAGAGGUUCUUCUGGUGAAUGGGGGAACAACCCAUGGGGAGCCCUGCGUCUUCCCGUUCUUCUUCCACGGGAAGGAGUACUCAGACUGCACCACGGACGGGCGGGGGGAUGGACGGCUGUGGUGCGCCACAAGCUACGACUACGACAGCGAUAAGAAAUGGGGAUUCUGUGAGACGGAGGAGCAGGCACAGCAGAGACUGCAGGCCGAAGAGGCCGAGGAGCAGUACCAGACAGUCCUGCGCAUGCUGAAUGGCUCCACCAGGAAGGCUCAGAAGAAGGAGUUGUAUGAAAAGCUGUUGAAGGUAGCAGAGAAAGGCCACCAGAAAGCCACAGAGAAGGUGGCGUACGCCAUGCUGUUUGGAGACUACAUGAACCAAAACGUCACCAAAGCCAGAGAGAUGUUUGAGAAGCUGGCUAUGGAGGGCUCACCUAAAGCUCAGAUGGCUCUUGGCUUUCUGUAUGCAGCAGGCCUGGGAGUUAACUCAAGUCAAGCCAAGGCUCUAGUUUAUUACACCUUUGGUGCAUUGGGUGGAAACUUAAUAGCUCAUAUGAUUCUGGGGUACAGAUACUGGGCUGGUGUGGGUGUUCCCCAGAGCUGUGAGUCAGCACUAACACAUUAUAGACUGGUGGCAAAUCACGUGGCCAGUGACGUGUCGCUGACCGGAGGCUCGGCGGUGCAGAGGAUCAGACUCCUGGAUGAGGUGGAGAACCCGGGCUCCACCAGUGGGAUGCUGGAGGAGGACCUCAUCCAGUACUACCAGUUUCUGGCCGAGAAAGGAGACGUUCAAGCUCAGGUUGGUUUAGGUCAGCUUCAUCUACACGGUGGACGUGGAGUGGAGCAGAAUCACCAGAGGGCGUAUGACUACUUCACACAGGCUGCAAAUGCUGGGAACACUCAUGCUAUGGCCUUCCUCGGCAAGAUGUAUUCAGAAGGCAGCGAGUUUCUCCCUCAGGACAAUGAGACAGCUCUGCAGUACUUCAAAAAGGCCUCUGAUAUGGGUAAUCCAGUGGGCCAGAGUGGACUGGGCAUGGCUUACCUGUAUGGAAGGGGUGUCCCUGUGAACUAUGAGCUGGCUCUAAAAUACUUCCAGAAGGCAGCAGAACAGGGUUGGGUGGACGGACAACUCCAGCUGGGGACCAUGUAUUACAAUGGCAUUGGUGUGAAGCGCGAUUACAAACAGGCGCUCAAAUUCUUCAACCUGGCCUCCCAGGCGGGUCACAUCCUGGCUUUCUACAACCUGGCCCAGAUGCACGCCACUGGUACCGGCGUGAUGCGCUCCUGCCACACCGCCGUGGAGCUUUUUAAGAACGUGUGCGAGCGCGGCCGCUGGUCAGAGCGUCUGAUGUCGGCGUACGGCAGCUUCAAGGAGGGCGAGAGCGACGCCGCUCUGGUGCAGUACCUGCUGCUGGCCGAGCAGGGCUACGAAGUGGCGCAGAGCAACGUCGCCUUCAUCCUGGACCAGAAAGGGGCCAGAAUCUUCAGCGACAAUGAGACGUAUCCUCGUGCUUUACUUCACUGGACCAGAGCUGCAGCACAAGGUUACACCGUGGCUCGGAUUAAGCUGGGAGACUACCACUUCUACGGAUAUGGAACGGAUGUGGACUAUGAGACGGCGGUCAUUCACUACAGGCUCGCGUCUGAGCAGCAGAACGGCGCCCAGGCCAUGUUCAACCUGGGAUACAUGCAUGAGAAAGGCCUGGGUAUCAAACAGGACAUCCAUUUAGCCAAGCGCUUCUACGACAUGGCGGCUGAAGCCAGUCCUGAUGCUCAGGUCCCAGUUUUUCUGGCCCUGUGCAAGCUGGGCCUGAUUUACACUCUGCAGUACCUGCAAGACUUCAAUCUGAAGGAGCUGACUGCUCAGGUGGACCUGGACCAGCUUCUGGGCCCAGAGUGGGACCUCUACCUCAUGACGGUCAUCGCCCUGCUGCUGGGCACAGUCAUCGCCUACAGACAGCGCCAACACCAAAUCAUAGUGCCACCCCGCGCCCCUGCCCCGACCCCCGCACCCCCUCCAAGACCCGCUCAGGAGGAGCCGCAAGCUCAGGCAGAGCCUCAGGAUCAGGAAGAGACGGCAGCCCCAGGCGCUGCUGAGGAGGAAGAGGAGCAGCAGUGAGGAGAGGGCAGAGGGAGCGAGGCGAGGGAAAGACUGAGGGCAGAACGCCUUUAAAAACCUGCUGCUUCUAGCAUGUCUCCCACUGCCUGCUCUCCUCCUCGUUACGAGAAAGAGAAACUGUCGUCUCUGAAACUGUUCGGUCUCAAAGCUGCGCUCAGUUCGAGAGGUGACGAAACAAAUGUGGGAUCCUAGGACUGUUUCUUUUUUUUUUUUUCUGUGACUCAGGACUCUGCCAGAGGCAACCACGUCCUCACCAUGAAAUAUGUUGGAGUUUCCUGAUUAAAAACAUUUUAAAGUCAGCCGACGAGAAGGA